AUGGUUCGAGUUAAACUCACGAAGACGAUACCAGGCGACAAGUUCGGCUUUGUGAAUCAAGCACCGUUACUUGGGGCAGCAGUGAUGGGAGGCCCGACUUGCCUCGAGGUGAAUGGUGUUAAGCUGGACUUGAAGGAGAUGAGGGAAGCGCUGAAGACAGACAGUGUCGACAUGGAAGUGUACGUGCCUAUUGAAACCUGA